AUGCCUAGCCAGCCACCAACUCAGCCCGGGCUUUAUGGCCCACCUUCAGCCGGACCGCCUCCGUCAACUCCUUGUUAUUACGUCGAGGUUGAUGGGGGUCAACGUCGUAAGCCUGUCAGAGCUGCUCAGGCUUGCGAUUCGUGCCGGCAGCGGAAGGCGAAAUGUGAUGAAGGGCGGCCGGAAUGUCAGCAUUGCAAGGAGAACGGACUGAAAUGCUCUUAUCGGGAGAUCCCACCGCAAAAAUCCGAAAAGCUAGCUCUUGCAAUCACAGCUCAGCUAGAUGCCAUUACCGACUCCGUCAAGCUGCUGACCGACAAUUCGAGAGCUCAAGCUCAAAAAAUUGAUUCGAUUCGGAACGCGCUUUCACGACUCCGGCCUGACGCGGUUGCUGUCCCAGAGAGCGGCAGUCCGGAGGAUCGGAAGGAAGGCGUGGUACGAACUCCAAAGCGGAACAGCUCAAACCACACGACUCCAUUUAGACGAGAGGAUAGUUCAGAUAUGAGAGCCGCCUCCCAUGUUGCUGCUCGGUCCGCCAAUUCACCCCGCAACGGGGAUCCGGAAACCUAUGAGCUGUCCUUGCCCGCCAAACACACGACUGCAGCACAGUAUCUCCUCCUCUGGCCAUCGAUUGCCGCCUUAGUUCCGCCUGGUAUAUCGACCUCAUACGUCAUGGACGAGGAACGACAAAGAGGCCUCCUGCGGCUCUACGGCUGCGGAGAAGGCGAAGACAAAGGUGACGGGCAUGAGGGAGCGCCCAGUCCUUCCGGCAGCUCAUCUUCGGAUGGACGUCGGCUGGGUGAAGAGAGGACUCCAUCUUCCCAUGGCGUCUGGGGCGUUGGUCAGCUGCAUGCUGCGAGGUGGUCGGAUCAGAGCCAUCCGGCCCGAGAGCACCCCGGUGGUGUCAGCCCUUACGGAGGUCUGAUGCUGGACUCGGAUGCCGUAGAUCGAUAUUUCCGGAGUUUCAUGGAUCACAUCCACAUACUUCACCCAUUUCUCGAACCCAAGGUGCUGCGAAGAAUGAUUCACACUUUCAAAAGGAAUUACAGCUGGGAUUACCGUGCGACACAACCAGCAUCAGUCGUUGGCGCCAAGAGGAAACGGGAAACCACCGAAUCACCAAGCUCGGUGGAUGACCAAAAUACUCCAGACCAUCUGGGAAAUCACACUAUACCGAUAGCGUACAAUCCCGGUGUUGGCUUACCACUCAUCGAGCAUUCCAUCACCAACGCAAUCGUGUUGCUUGUCAUCGCACUGGGCAAGGUCACAGCGCAUCGGGAUCCGCUACCAGGUCCCGCCGCAACCAGAGCCAUGCAGACCGCAACACCUCACAAUACCACGUAUUCGGAUCUGCCGAUGCCGAUGCCCACGUCCGCUCCAACUUCUCCUUUCAACAAUCAAAGGAACUUGAACCGCCACAAUCACAUGUACGCUUCAAGCCCGACCAAUCCUCAGGGGAAGAACAUGGAUAUAAUCCCUGGGUUGGCUUACUUUGCGAAGGCCUCAGAUAUCAUUGGAGAACACCCAGGCGGCAGUGAAGUAUCACAUGUCCAAGCAUAUCUGCUGGCAGGCCUGUACAUGGGACAGCUUGCCCGUAUUAUACCCAGCUACUUUUACAUUCAAAGGGCCUGCAUGGCCGCACAGAUUCUGAUUGAAUCGACCCCGUAUACCUCAAAGUCCAUGAAGCCGGCCCGCCGAAAUCUCGUCAAUUUUGCAUUCUGGUCAUGCUUGCAACUGGAGAGCGACAUUGCCGCGGAGGUUGAAUUACCUCUCAGCGGCAUUACUCGAUACGAGAGCUCUCAGCACAAGGACAUGCCAACAUUGCUCACCCUGGACAGAAUACCCGAGUGUAAUAUGGACCAUGAUAUUCUGCGAUACUACUCGUACCAAAUCCAGCUCCGCUUAACGAUGAAUAGCAUUCACGCGACGCUUUACCACUCUCAGAAAAGUCAGAACACGAGACCCAGCGAUACAAUGAUGUUGGCCUUGGGCGAAAAUUUGGAAGAUUGGAGAAAGAUGUUGAACGAGUGGGAUUGGGACGAUGGCGACCACGAGAGCCCCAAUAUCAACAUCGCGCGUAUGAGAGGGAAGUAUUAUGGGGCCAAGUACAUCAUCUGGCGGCCAGCCCUCCAAUACGCACUUCUGCAGACGGCGCCGGGGAAGAGAGACCCGAUCUCAGAACCGUCUUCUGGAAACGGAGAGAGUUCGGAGUUCACAUCACCAGCAAUGCGUGAUGCGCAUAUUCCGAAUCGCCCGUCCCAGGAGCUGCCGACAAUCAGCAGCCAACUCCUGGAAGGGUCUCAGGUUUGCGUCGAGGCUGCAAUUCGUAGCACUACGGUAUUCGAUAAAGUGCCACGACGACUGGUUACCACCAACAUUUUCGGCACCGUCCAUGCGUAA